CAGCCGACGUUGAGGCAGUGUGCUUAUUAUGGACUUAAUAUUAACACCAGACGCCGACUCCAAUCUAGUUGAUCUGAUAGCACAUACAACCUGGAUUCGAAAUACCCACUAGGGUUUUGCAAAUUAUUUUUAUUUAUUUCUGCGUUUGCACUAGCAGACUGUUCCGACUUCGUGUGACGGCCAGCCUGCGGUGGCCCAUAUUUUCAGUUCUGAACACAGGAUCUUUGUAGACCAAUGGGCCUGGUUUGGUGGCUGGGAGUUGGACUACUCCUCGUCUUCGCCCAGGCUUGGGCAUCAACUCCUGAAAAGCCAAAAUGUCUGCCUGGUUUCAAGAAGGAUUCUAACCUUUUCGAAGUAGACAGAAGACAUCUUCAUAGCAGACGUGUCCUUGGCAAAGUUGGUUUUGAUGACUGCAUGGCCCGUAAAAGAUUCAAAUUCGGCAGCAGCGACCGCCAUUUCCAUGUGGAACAGGACGGAACAUUAAUGGUUAUUCAAAACCUGCCAGUUUUGCGCUUUCUUAACUUUUCUAAGAGGCGGAAGAGAGCCUGGAUUAUCCCUCCUCUCAACAUUCUGGAGAAUGAUAGGGGGCCCUACCCCAAACUAGUGGCCCAGAUUCGUUCUGAUAAAGAUAAAUGGUCAAGAAUGGAGUACAAGAUAACGAGUUACGGAGCAAACGGCCUCUUCAUUAUCGACAGAAACACCGGCCAGCUUUAUGUGACCAAGCCCCUAGACCGGGAGAGGAAAUCCCAGUACAUGUUAGACGUUCUUGCCAACUUUGCGAGCAUGGUGAACGCUCAGGCUGAGUCAACCAUGGCCGUCAUUGUAAAUGUCCUCGACAUGAAUGACAACAAACCAGUCUUCACCCAAGAUCCCUUUGUCGCAGAAGUUGCAGAGGCUUCAGCAAAAGACUUUGUAGUGAUUACAAUUAAUGCCACAGAUCUGGACGACCCACAAACUUAUAAUGCUGAAAUCCGGUAUAAAAUUUGGAGCCAGGAACCAAAACUUCCCAAUGCUAAUUUGUUUGCCAUAAACCCUGUUAGUGGAGCCAUCAGAGUCAACCGCCAAGGGCUCGACAGAGAGAAAUACCCGAGGUACACUCUGGAAGUAGAAGCUGCAGACAUGAGAGGCGAAGGCCUGACUGCUAGAGGGCGUGUUAUCCUCACAGUUACUGAUAGUAACGACAUUGCCCCGGCCAUUGAGAUGGCUCAGUAUGAGGCCAGUGUCCCAGAAAACAAAGUGGGAGCGCAGGUUGUGAGGAUGUCUGUAACGGAUGGGGACGAGCUUAAUUCUCCAGCCUGGAACGCAAAGUUUCAAAUUGUUGCUGGAGAUAAGAAUGGCCAAUUCGCCGUGGAAACCGGACCUGGCAAGCAAGAAGGAAUCAUUACAACUGUGAAGGGUCUGGACUAUGAGACGACCAAGACCUUCACCCUGCUUGUGACCGUUGAAAACGAGAUUCCCUUUGCCAUCCGCCUUCCGACAGCCACUGCCACGGUGGUGGUUUCUGUAGAAGAUCUGAAUGAGGCUCCUGUGUUUAGUCCAACCAUUCGGGUUGUGAAGAGGAAGGAAGAUCUCGCAGUUGCCAGUGAAAUUGUGCGGUACACCGCAACCGACCCUGACACUGAACGCAGUCAGAAUGUCUCGUACAAGAUCAUGAAAGACCCAGCGCGGUGGCUCAGUGUGAACCCGGACACGGGUUUGAUUAAAGUGAAGAAAGGCAUGGACAGAGAGAGCCAAUACGUUCAAGACAGCAAAUACACUGCCCUGAUAAUGGCAUAUGACGAUGAUGUUUCCCCAGCCACUGGUACAGGAACCCUGGAAAUAGAACUAGAAGAUGUUAACGACAACAUCCCUUCAAUCAAUGAGCGCAUCAUUAAGGUUUGCAAUACGGAAUCUGCCCCUCAGCUGCUCUCUGUGACGGACGCAGAUGGGCCAGACUUUGCUGCACCCUACACGGUAUCACUAAUGGGCAGGUCCAAGAAUAACUGGACCGCUACGAUGGAUGACACAGGAACAGGGAUAAUCCUGACAUUAAUCAGGGCCCUUCCCAUGGGAGACUACAAUGUAGUCCUGAGAGUGGCAGACAACCAUGGUCUAGAGCAAGACAACAUUGUCAUGGCCACAGUUUGCGAAUGUACAGGAAAUGAAGUGACCUGCAAAGUUGGGAUCCGUGAGGGAGGCAUUGGUCUGCCGGGCCUUCUAGUAAGAUCAGGAGCUGUUCUGCUGCUGCUAUUGCUGGCAUUGCUGCUGCUAAUAUUCAUCAGACGCAGAGGUGGAGAGCAGAAUGAGCCUUUACCACCAAAUGAGGACAUCAGGGAGAACAUUUACUACAACGAGGAAGAAGGGGGAGGAGAGGACCACCAGGAUAAUUAUGAUCCGAGUGUGCUCCAUCGUGGUCCGGAAAACCGCCCGGAGGUCUUCCGGAAUGACGUCAUGCCAUGCUUCAUGCCUAAAGCCGAGUAUCGACCUCAGCCUGCCAAUCCUGAAGACAUUGGCAAAUUUAUUGAUGAUAACCUGACGGCAGCAGACCGCGACCCGCUGGCGCCCCCCUCACACUCUUGAUCUAUCCUGGGUUUUCUUUUCAAUUCUUAUUUGCUGGCACUGAUUUAUAUUUGUAAGUUGAUGAAAAUGUUAUUUUUUUCUCUUAAGUUGGCUUUAAUAUUUUAUAUUGAAGCUUGUACUUUUUUCAUUUUUCAAGUAAUGACAUCAAUGAUGUUCUGUAAGAACUGUUUUUUUUAAAGCUUUUUUUAAAAUUGCAAAUUCUUUAUUUUCCUAGGAUGCAUUUCAACUAGGUAGAUAGGAUGACGAAAGUAAAGGGGAACUUACGGGGAAAGUUUUGAAUACAUUUACUUGCAAAGUUUGUUGGUGUAAUCAAGCCGAAAUAAAAAAAUAUUAUGCUAAUCUGA